AUGGAGGGUCUUACUGUCCAUAUUUUGCCGGAGGAGUUCAUGAGGUUCGUUGUGCUCUCCUGCAGGGCUGCCAGCUUCUUCUUCACUGCCUCCUCUCUCCACAGGGCCUCCUGACAGAAAACAGGCAGAAGACGACAGAGCUUUUCAAGAUUGAUUAUCUCAAAACACUGCAUUUUCAGGAGGAUUUCUCGCGUAUCCGCCAUCCUUGUGGCUCUUUGCAGAAGGGCACGAAGAGGCCGAAACAAGGGUGCCCGGUGUAUCGAGAACUUGGCACUUCAUCUUUCAAACAUGCUGUCCAGGCUCGUCUUUGUCUCAGCCAGUGCCCUGAAGGGCAGCGGCCCCCUCGGAGCUGGUCUGGUCCAGGCGUCUCGCUCCCUGCACACAUCGUCCCAGAGUCUGGCCCCAGUUCCCCCUCUGCCAGAGACAACAGGCAAAGUUCGUCAUGGCAUCUUCCCAGAGGAGCUUUUCCAGCUCCUGUACCCCAAAACUGGAGUCACAGGACCCUACAUGCUGGGCACUGGCCUCCUCCUCUACUUGCUUUCCAAGGAAAUCUACGUCGUCAACCAUGAGACCUUUGCUGCUCUCUCCAUGGGCAGCAUCAUCAUCUAUGGUAUCAAAAAAUUUGGUCCAGAUGUUGCAGCUUUUGCUGACAAACUGAACGAGGAGAAAGUGGCCAAAGCUCAGGAGGUGAAGGAUGCUGCUGUAACCAACCUGACUACGGCUAUUGAGGAUGAGAAGAAGGAACAGUGGAGAGCAGAGGGUAGAUCAAUGCUCUUUGACGUUAAGAGGAACAAUGUGGCCAUGCUGUUGGAGACCAACUACAGAGAAAGGCUACACAUGGUGACCAAUGAGGUGAAGAGGCGCUUGGACUACCAGAUCGCCCUGCAGGACCUCCACCGCCGGAUGGAGCAGGAGCACAUGGUCAGCUGGGUCGAGAAGAGUGUCGUCAGCAGCAUCACUCCUCAGCAGGAGAAAGAGAGCAUCGCCAAGUGCAUCACAGACCUGAAGGCUAUGGCCAAGGCUGCUCAGGCCAAAGCGACAGCUUAAACUGUCAUGUCUUCAGAGAAGGCUGCUCAAACCCCCAACUCAUUUUCCCGAGACGAGACGUUCGCUUUUCUUCACAGAAUAAACUGAUUCCUCUUUAAAGAUUGUCUCUGUCGAUAUUAUGGGUGUGUACAGUAUUUACACGUCAGCUGAUGGUGAAAUAAAAGCUUCCUUUAUUCAUCUUGAA